UGUUCACCUGGAAGCCGCUCAGGGACCCGUGGGUGGUCCUCGGACCCCGCUUUGUGAACCCUCCAGCUCACGCAGCUUGAAGUCGAUGAAAAGAGAGCCUCUCCUGUCAGAGCCUCCACCGGGUCGACGCCGGAGUCUCGUUUGAUCGCCGCGUAGGUGGAGCGGAGCGAGCGGGCGCGUGCAAACACCCGGCGGAAACUAACGCGCAGGUGUGUCGGAUGAAAGAGCAGGAUCGGAUUUGGCUCGCCGGCGCAGCUCGGAUAAUAAGUUGGUGUGAUGGAGUGGAGAGAGCAGUCCGCUGUCAGCUGCCAGGAAGCCUACUCGGAGGCGCAGAGGUGGAUUGAGGCAGUAACCAAGAAAAAAUUUGGGAGCAACGACUUCCGAUCAGCGCUGGAGAAUGGCGUUCUGCUGUGUGAUCUGAUCAACAAGCUGAAGCCUGGUAUUAUUAAGAGGGUGAACAGGCUGCCCACACCUAUCGCUGGACUGGACAACCUCAACGUCUUCCUCAAGGCCUGCGGGAGGCUCGGACUAAAGGAAGCGCAGCUCUUUCACCCCGGAGAUCUCCAGGACUUGUCCACAAGAGUCACAGUCAAGCAUCAAGAGACCAACAGGAGGCUGAAAAAUGUGCUGAUCACCAUUUACUGGCUGGGUAGAGGAGCUCAGUGUGACCGUUUCUAUGAUGGACCUUACCUGAACUUCAAGGCAUUCGAAGGAUUAUUGGGCACAGCGCUAUACAAGGCUCUGCAGGAAACGUCCAGUCAGAAAGGCAGCAGCGUCAGAGACAGCGGUUUCGGAGAUAGCUGGUACUCAGAGCGAGAGGAGCUCUACCAUCUGAGAGGAGGAGGAGGAGGAGGCGGACACAAGAGAGACGACUCCCUGGACAGCUUGGACUCUCUGGGCUCUCGACCCCACAGCAUCUCGUCUGAGACGACUCUUAAAGGCAGCAGCGAGGGUUGCUGCAGCGACACCGAGGCAGACUCUGUCUUCAGGAUGGCCAACACCAGGGACACUGGCAGUUACCGCCGGUCGGUAGCCAUCACACCCAAGGCCAACGUCCCAUUUAACCAGUUCCUGCCCUCUAAAGACAAACCCUCAGGCUACGUCCCCGCUCCGCUGAGGAAGAAACGGGCCGAACGCAACGAGGACAGUCGGCGCAGCUGGGCCGACACCACCUACACAGAGGAUGAAGGCACGCUCACCAGACAGCGCCAAACGCCAGAGAGUAUCGACGGGAGUAAAUCAACCAACGAUAUCCAGGUCGACCCGGCCAUCAUCCGGCAGGCUCGCUACGAAGAGCUGCAGAAGUAUCGUCAGCAGAUAAAGGAGAGCGAGGAUCAGUGGCAGGAUGACCUGACCAAAUGGAAGAGCCGGCGCCGGAGUGUCAACUCUGACAUAGUGAAGAAGAAAGAGGAAAGAGAGAAGAUAGAGCAGAUCACGUACAGCAGCAACAGAAGGUCCAAGACCUUCAAGGAGAUGCAAGAGGAGAGAGAAAAUAAAGAAAGGACCAGCGUUGGCAGUCGUUUAAAAUCUCUCUCGUACCUGGACAACGACGAGGACGUGUUUGAGAAACCCGUCAUUACCCCACGUACCCGAACCCUUCCUCCCAGGAGCUACACUGUUGACACUCCUUACUCUUCCUCUGAACGCUGGGAGCCUUCUCUGAAAGAGGACGAACCCCCCGCUGCUUCGCCAGCUACCGGCAGGGCCGCUUCCCCUCCCACCUCGCGGGGAGUCGACAUUCUGGACAGUCCUGCAGGCAGCGACGCCACAACCGCCAUCACUCCUACCAGCCGAAGCUCUUUCCACACAUCCCAGUCUCCAGCAGCUGCACCUUCAGGGAGGAGUCCGACCUCAGAGCACACUAGCACAGCCAAGACGGAGGAGGCGGCCGCUGCCGUGCCCGAGCCAAGGCGCCCGUUUCCGCACACACAGGCUGAGGCACAGGCCCCUUCCUCCGGUUCUCUGUACAAACCACAACCACAGCUCAGCUCAAUGGAACCCAAGCCUCCCGGGGUGUCUCGGGUUUCCGCCUCCCUCCCCAGGAGCUACCAGAGAUCGGAUAGCGCACGUCUAAGCUCGGUUGUCACGCCAAGGCCCUUCGUGUCCCAGCCGUCCCGCCUCAGCUCACUUCCCCGAGCCUUUACAAUGGACGACUCUCAAAAGCGUCUCAACGGCGACGUCGACGUUUCCAAGAAGCUGUCUGUGCCGAGCCGCUAUCACCAGUUCAUGACCUCCGAGGACGAGGCUCGCUCUCAGUCCAGCUCGGCCCACAGCAGCGAAGACGACAAUGAGGAGGAGGAGGAGGAGGAGAAGGGCGAGACCACAGGGAAGAGCAUCACCUCCACUCAGAGUGUCUCACCUGUCCUUCCUCAGGUCAAGAGUGAAGCCCCAGUCAGUCCCACUCCAGCCAAAGAAACCAGACAGCAGGACUACUGUGAGAUGCGGAUCGGCCUGAACCAGAAGCCCAACAGCAGCAGAGACUUUGGCUUCCAGGCGGCGUGGGACUCGACAGGAGCUCGCAUCACGUCCGUCCAGCCAGGCAGCCAGGCCGAGGCGUGCCAGCUUCAGCCCGGAGACGAGGUGCUGACGGUGAACAGGCACCAGGUGGCAGAAAUGAGCUACACAGACUGGAAGUCCUGCAUGGAGGAGGCUCUGCAGGAGGGCAGCCUGGUCAUGGACAUACGCCGUCACGGCAAGAGCAACUGGGACAGAGACCAACCUUCCCUGCCAUUUAAAAGCCAUAAGACCAUCAAUCUGACCAGUACGGAUCAUCCGAUACUUCUAGGUUCCCCGGACACAAACAUGGUCAACUCCAGCCUGGAUUUAACCUCCCAGGUUUCCUGGGAAACGGCGCCGAACAAAGAGGCCGCCGCCCACCCACCUGUCGACGUGGCUUCAAACGGAGUUAAUGGGGGUUUCCAUGAGCGGUCGGUGACCAUGAGGAACAAAGAGUCAGAGCCCAUGUCUUUGAAAAACUUAAAACGGAGGUCAGAGUUUUUUGAAACAGGAGGAUCAGAGUCUGCAAUGCCAGAUAUACCUGUUCCUUCGAUCACGCCGUCUGCCAGCCGCUGGUCCUGGGACCCAGAGGAGGAGCGCAGAAGACAAGAGAAAUGGCAGAAGGAGCAGGAGCGCCUCCUACAGGAGAAAUACAAGCGUGACCAGGAGAAGCUGCAGGAGGAGUGGCUCAAGGCUCAGCAGGAGAUCACCAGCGUAGACCACCGAGAGCCCGGGAGCCCGGAGGUGAACAGCCACAGCGUCAGCCCACACUCGCCCCUCUCGCCCGUCAACUGGCGCGCCUCUCCGCCGUGGGAAGAGGAGGAGAGGAAGAGGAAGGAGGAGCAGGAGCGCCAGAGGCAGGCGGAGGAGAGGAGGAAGAGGGAAGAGGAGGAGCGGGAGCUGCGGCGUCUCCAGGAGGAGAGGGAGAGGAAAGAGAGGCAGGAGGAGGAGGAGAGGAAGAGGAGGGAGGAGGAAGAGCUGAAAUGGCAGAGGAGGAGAGAGGAGGAGCGGGAGGAGGCGAGGAGGCGGCAGGAAGCCGCAGAGCAGCAGCGCAGAGAGCGGGAGCGAGCCCUCGAGCAGCAGCAGCAGUGGGCUGGUGGCUCUCAUGGCUUUACCAGUGUCCAGCCUCCACUGUCCUUUGCAGACAGGAUGAAAUCUAAAUCAUCUCCUCAGCUUGAUGAAGAGGAAAAACCUCAGUGGAAAGUGACGGGCAGCGGAGGUGCUGAGAAGAAGGGCCAGCAGCCCGUGUCGCAGGCAGAGGCGGAGCGGCAGCAGAUCCUGAACGAGAUGAAGAAGAAGAACGCGCUGCUGACGGACAGCAGCUGGAUCCGCCAGCGCUCCGCCAACACCGCCGCCGCCGCCAAGGGGAGCGACCUGCCGCCCAUGCGCAGAGGUGAGUCUCUUGACAACUUGGACGCCUACAACUCCUGGCGCUCGUCAUGGACACCCAGAGGCAACUCAUACAUGCAAAACUACCCCCGGCCUCACUCCGCCCUCUCCGGCAGCACUUCCUUUUACGGUGGCGGGUCGGCGACCCAGCGGCCCGGCUCCUCCACCCUGCCCUCCUCCUACUCCAUGGGCUCCCUCCGAGGCGGGGCGGGAACCCCCUCGUCCCCUUGGUCCCGGCAGUCGCCUUCCCCCUCGCCCUCCUCUCCGUCGCCCACCCCCUCUCCAGAGCCCACGCCUGAGGCGGGCGCCCCUCAGCAGCGGACCAGGUCAGUGAGUGGCAAGAAAAUCUGUACGUUCUGUGACGCCCCGCUGGGAAAGGGAGCGGCCAUGAUCAUCGAGUCCCUUGGGCUCUGUUAUCAUUUGAGCUGUUUUAAGUGCAUCGACUGCAAGUCCGACCUCGGGGGAUCGGAAGCCGGGGCUGAAGUCAGAAUACGAAACAAGCAGCUCUACUGUAACUCCUGCUACAUGCGAUUCAAAACUGGCCAGCCAACCUCUAUGUGACGUGACUGUACUGCAGCAGAUUGACGAGGAAACGACUUGUGACAACAACCCAUGAACGUUAAAGUCGACAGCGGCGCCACUGCAAGAAUCUGGGACGCUUGGUUUGGAUAUGCUUCCAUUCGCGACUCUAGAAAAGUUGACUCGCUGAUGAGAAUUCUAUUGGUGUUUUUUUAGUGUGUGAUUGAGAGGGUAAGCUUACAAAGAAGUUAUCUACUUUAAUGUGUUUAUAUCAUAUUAAGUAUUACAGCUGUACAAAGUGUAAGGGUUCUGCAUGCACCAGAGUUUUAAAUGUUUUAGCCACGAAACUAGUCAAAACGUUCACUCGUCUAUAAGAUUAUUGAGGCGGAUCAUUAUAAUGACCUUCAAUGAGACAGAUUUUAGAGCUAUUGAGAGUUUUUAAGGAACCCUGCAGGAUCAUCUCCUCGCGCUCACGCUACUUUUUUUUUUUCCUCUUGUGGUAUUAACACGCUUUGUCGCCCGAGCUGUUCUUCUCAUGUCUAUGUGCCUUUUCGUUUGUAACAGGGAAAAGUGAUUAAGAUUAUUAGAAGUCUUUCAAAACGUAUUUAAAAGCGUCUGCUUGGAUAGCACUUGUCUGGAGUUUUCACUGCUAGAUGGAGGAUUGUACACAUUUGCAGGUUUGUGUGUGAAGAAUAUAUCAUUCUGAAUGGCAUGGAGGCAAACAGUAACAUUUGUAAAUAAAAGGACUAAA